CACCAUGGUUGCCGCCAAGUUCACCGUCGUCAAGACCGCCAAGUACUCCGUCCUUCACCCGACCUCGGGCUGCAAGCCCAUGAAGGCCGUCGCCGUCGCCGCCAAGGCUGCCCCCAAGGCCGCUGCCCCCAAGGCCGCCACGCCCAAGGCUGCCCCCAAGGUGUCGACGCCCAAGGCCAAGAAGCCCGCCGAUGACGAUGAUGAUGAUGACAUGUUCGGCGACGACGACGAGGAGGAGGAUGAGGCCGCCAAGGCCGCCGCCAAGAAGCGCGCCGACGCCGCCAAGGCCUCGAAGAAGGAGAAGGCCAAGCCGAUUGAGCGCUCGCAGGUCGUGAUUGAAGUCAAGCCCUGGGAAGCCGAGACGGACCUUGAGGCGCUCGCUCUCAAGAUCAAGGCCCUUGAAGUCAACGGCCUCUCGUGGGGUGAGGGCCACAAGCUCGUCCCGGUUGCCUUCGGCAUCAAGAAGCUCCUCGUCCAGUGCAUCAUCAUUGAUGACCUUGUCUUGUUGGACGACAUCACGGAAGCCAUCGAGCAGUUCGAGGACGAUGUCCAGUCGGUCGAUGUCGCCUCGAUGAACAAGAUGUAAAUACGUAAUUCAUUAUACCACUAUGAGUACA